ACUUCUCAUUAGUCUCUGAAUAGUCAAGAUGAAAUGUGCGCACGUCGGAUGGUCGUCGCUUGCGACGCUGUUACUUGUUGCGAUAAGUCUUGUUACUGCCUCCAGCAUACCGGCGGGCGAUGAACUGCCUCCACAUGAUCCGUUGGAGAAAGAUUCUCAUCAUGCCAAGCACUUUGAUUUCGGCGAACACAAUCCGCAGUACGACCACGAAUCGUUUUUGGGCGCUGACGAGGCAAAGAAGUUCGAUGAGCUAUCGCCGGAGGAGAGUAAGCGGCGAUUGGGUCUGAUUGUGGACCGCAUCGACGAGAACAAAGACGGCUUUGUAACUCAGGCAGAGCUGAAGAACUGGAUAAAGUACACCCAACGCCGCUACAUAGACGAGGAUGUUGGCCGCUUGUGGAAGCAGCACAAUCCGGAUAACAACAAAACAAUCAGUUGGGACAGUUAUCGCCAGCAUGUGUAUGGCUUUAUGGAUGACCUUGACAAGGAGGAGUUGGAGAGAGAGGAGCAUGGCUUUUCGUAUAAGACGAUGCUGGCUCGCGAUCGACGUCGGUGGGCCGUCGCAGACACUGACUUGGACGAUAGCUUGACCCGUGAGGAGUUUGCCGCCUUCUUGCAUCCAGAGGACCAUCCAGCAAUGCGCGAUGUGGUGCUCAAGGAGACUACAGAAGACUUGGACAAGGAUAAAGAUGGCAAAAUUUCUGUGGAUGAAUACAUUGGAGACAUGUACAAGCCAUCAGAGCCAGAUGAGGAGGAGCCCGAGUGGGUAUUAAGCGAACGUGAGGCAUUCGCUAAGUUUCGUGACACAGACAAGGACGGCUACCUUAACGAGGAGGAAGUGCGUCAAUGGAUUGUGCCCCCCGAUUUCGAUCAUGCUGAAAGCGAAGCCAAGCAUCUCAUUUUCGAGGCCGAUCAUGACAAUGACGACCAAUUGACCAAGGCGGAAGUUCUCGAAAAGUAUGACGUGUUCGUCGGCUCACAGGCCACGGACUUUGGUGAAGCCUUGGCCCGCCAUGACGAAUUUUAAUUUCCAAGCACUGAAUCUAUCACCUGAUCUAUGAGAUUACCCAUGUUUAGUUUAGUCCAAUAUUCUUAUCUCGAAUGGCCAUUGGGGCAAAUGUGGAAACGAAUAAUGCCAAAUAAUUUGUAACUAAUUAUAAGCAACUUCAAAGUGCAUUAAAAAGAAAUUAGCGUAAAGAUAAUCUUUGUACAUACACACAUAUGGACGUUUCUCACACGACACAAUUAUGUUAGACCUAAAAUAUUGUGAUUUGAUUUUAGUGUCUAAUUGAAGCCCAUAUUGAUUGGCCGAAUGAUUGUGUAUAUGAAUGUACAUACACGUCAGCAUGAAUAAAAUGGACGUGUGGUCCAGACUGUGCCUAAGAUA